AACAGAAAGUAACAUUUUUGGGUACACUUGAAAGAUGGAGAGUAAAAUUAAGUGGGUGUAAAACUAUGGUAUGGCGAAGGAGAGUAACAGAGAAGAUGAAUGAGUAUGCAUAAAAGACAGGUAUUUCUGAAGGAACUUCAAAUUUGGGUGGAGAAGGAGGCAAGGCAAGAAAGGCAUAGAGAGAGAAAAUGGUAGUUGUAGUAUUGUAGUAGAGUAGAAGAGGAUUUGUUAUAUCAUAUUCAUAUUCUCUCUCUGUCUCACACACACACACAGAGUACUUUUUCUCUGUGAUGGUAGUUGUGGAUAAAACCUUGGAUCAAUCAUCAGAGUUUCAUUAAGAGAGAUCAUGGCUUCUACUAAUGCACUCAAUUCAUCUGCAUUAAUAGGUUUCUGCUUCAUCCUUAUCAUUUCCACUCAUGCCGCUGCCAUCACCCAACAUCGACAGCAACACUUCAAACAAGCACCCAAAUUCUACAACUCCCCCACCUGUGCCACCGCCGAGCCGGAACACACCCACACGUGUUGGGACGCGGCAGUUCACGUGGCCAUGACACUGGACAUCACCUACCUCCGGGGGUCCAUGGCGGCGAUCCUCUCCGUCCUCCAGCACUCCUCCUGUCCAGAAAACGUCAUCUUCCACUUCGUCACCGCCGCCUCCAGAGUUUCCUCCUCCGCCCUCCUCAACCGCACCCUCUCCAAUUCCUUCCCAUAUCUCAAUUUCCAAAUCUACCCCUUCAACGAUCGCCAAGUUGCCGGCCUCAUCUCCACCUCCAUCCGCUCCGCUCUCGAUUGCCCCCUCAACUACGCCCGUAACUACCUCGCCAACCUCCUCCCCUCCUCCGUCCGCAAAAUCGUCUACCUCGACUCCGACCUCGUCCUCGUCGACGACAUCGCCAAACUCGCCGCCACCCCACUCGGAAACGACAACAGCAACAGCACCGUCCUCGCCGCGCCCGAAUACUGCAAAGCCAACUUCAGCGCCUACUUCACCCCCUCCUUCUGGUCCAACCCCUCUCUCUCCCUCACCUUCGCGGGCCGAAGGCCCUGCUACUUCAACACCGGCGUCAUGGUGAUUGAUUUGCAACGCUGGCGGGCCGGCGACUACACUAGGAAGAUCGAGGAGUGGAUGGAGCUCCAGAAGAGAAUGCGGAUCUACGAGCUGGGCUCCCUUCCGCCGUUUCUACUCGUUUUCGCGGGCAACAUAGGCCCGGUGGAUCACAGGUGGAACCAGCAUGGGCUUGGCGGGGAUAACUUCCGCGGCCUCUGCAGAGACUUGCAUCCAGGCCCGGUGAGCCUCCUGCAUUGGAGUGGGAAGGGAAAACCCUGGGCCCGCCUCGACGCCAACCGCCCUUGCCCCUUGGAUGCCCUAUGGGCUCCCUACGAUCUUCUCCAAACUCCUUUCGCUCUCGAAGCCUAGCCCGCCACAACCAUUUUUAUUAUCAUUAUUAGCAGCGCAGUAGUACAAUAGUACAUUUUUAUUUUUUUUUGCUUUGCGGAAGUAGUUUUGAUUUAGCGGUGGUGUCGUAUAUUGGUUGUCCCCGGGAGCUGGCGCCGGAGUCGCUCCUUCCUCGCCGUGUGCGGCCCCAUGCCACGGCCGUGUUGAUCUUACACUGUACAUGUACAGCCAGGUACAUAUACCCUCCACUUUUUUUCUUUUCAGCCACUCAAAUACUACUUUUACCGUUACGUCUUGUAACUACUAACACCGAAAUCACCCCAAUGCCAGAGUUUUUAUUUUAAUGCAGUUUCUUCUUCUUUUUCUUCACUACUUCUGUGCCCUUUUUUACCCCUACAUGUGAGAUUGCAAUUUUUUGUUGUUAGUGGCUGUUUACGAAAUUGGUGUUAUGUAUUACGUGUGUGAAAUGGGAGUGAGAAACAAUCAUGAGACUCGUUAACCAACUUCAACAGUGGUUGCCAGUGCGAGAGGAAAAUUGAAAAGGAUGUGUUGUGUCGGUGAGGUUGGGUUUAUUGUAGCUACGGAUCUGAAAAGGAUCGUGCCUUGUAUUUUGGAUAUUUUUCUUCUCCAACUGAAUCAUCACUCUUUCCUCUUCUAUUGUCUGCCCAAAGACCAACAUUGCUUUUCGAGGUUUUGACUAGGUUGAUUAUGAUUGUCUGUAUCUUCUUUUUGGUGGUGCAAAAUCUUUAACAUG